CCGCCGUUGCUGGUCUGAGGCGGCCGCGAGGCCCCCCCAAAAAAACCCCCAAAAAAACCCAAAAAACCCCAAAAAACCUCCCGGGAACGCUUUAAAUCCUUCUUUUCAUCCCUGCAGGAGCAGCCAUGACGCGGCACGGCAAGAACUGCACGGCGGGGGCCGUGUACAGCUACCACGAGCGGCGCAAGGACACCGCCGCCUCGGGGUACGGCACGCAGCGGGUGCGGGUGGGCCGCGACGCCAUCAAGGAUUUCGAUUGCUGCUGCCUGUCCCUGCAGCCCUGCCGAGACCCGGUGGUGACCCCCGACGGGUUCCUGUACGAGCGCGAGGCCAUCGUGGGCUACCUCCUGCACCAGAAAAACAAAAUCGCCCGCGAGAUGAAGGCCUGGCAGCGGCAGCGCGCCGAGCGGCGCCGGCAGCAGCAGCAGCAGCAGCAGCAGCAGCCCGAGACCCCCGGGAGCAGCGCCCCCCCGGGACCCCUCCCCAGUUUCUGGAUCCCGUCACUGACCCCCGAGGCCGGAGCCGAGCGGCUGCAGAAACCCGCCCGCGGGGUCCGGUGCCCCAUGUCCGGCCGGAAGCUGCGCCUGGCCGAGCUGGUCAGUGUCCACUUCACUCCGGCCGAGCGCGGCCUGAGCCCGGGGCAGCUGCUGGCCCGAGAGCCGAGUGACCGCUACGUGUGCGCGCUGACCGGCGACCCGCUGGGCAACGCCACGCCCUGCGCCGUGCUCCGGCCAUCGGGGUCAGUGGUCACUCUGGCCGCUGUCCGGCGGUUGGUGCUCCCGGCCAUGCGGGAUCCCCUGAGUGACACCGCGCUGAGCGACGGAGACGUCAUCGAGCUGCAGAGGGGCGGGACCGGCUUCGCCGGGGCCGGAGUUUCCCUGGAGGCCAAAAAAUCCCGUCCGGUGAUGCAGGCCUAGGGGGGACCCCAAAAUCCCCCCUGGGACCCCAAAAUCCCCCCCAAAACCCCAAAUUCCCGUUCAUCCCCC